AUGUUUUGGUAUUACUUUGCUUGUUCUAAGGAGCUCUUCGAAUCUGGAGGUGUAAUUGAGGUUAAUAGCCAGAAACGAGCACCCUGCUGGGGAGAACAGCAAGGGUUCAGUAACAGAAGAGCAGAGGUGAAACAAGACAAAAAUGAGCAGAGACCAUCUUUCGGAAGAUAUCGUUCCAAUGAAACAGAAAGACAGGUGGAAUCCAUAGUGGAAAGAAAUCUUAUUUUUAGAUCAACUGAAAGAUUAGACCGUGAAAGGCCAGUAAGAGGUCGUGGCGGAGGAGGUGGAAUGCGAGGUAGAGGAAGAGGUAGUGGAAUAAAUAGAAGUUUUGAUGGCUUUGACCAGAGAGGAAAACGGGAGUUUGAAAGACAAAGUGGGAGUGUUAAAACUGGGAUGGAACAGACUGCUUCUAUGGAAGAAACUGCAGAAACAGAUGAGCAGCCAGGGGCAUCUGGAGGAGAGUCUCUGAACAAAGCUCCUGAAGGAGAACCAAUGGAAGAAGUAGUUCAAGAAAUGACAUUAGAUGAGUGGAAAAGUCUUCAGCAACAGAAUCGACCAAAGCCUGAAUUCAACAUCCGGAAGCCAGAAUCCACUGUUCCUUCCAGAGCAGUAGUGAUUCACAAGUCAAAAUACAGCAAUCAUUUGCAAAAGGAAGAUUAUGAAGAUGAUUCUCAUGUCUUUCGAAGACCAGUGAAUGACAUAACAUCUCAGCUGGAUAUUAAUUUCGGGAGUCUUCCUCGCCCUGGCCGUGGAUCAAGAGGAGCACGAGGUGGUGGACGUGGCAGACAAGUUGAGGAGAGAAGACCUCGAUCAGCAGUAAUGGUACAGCUUGUUGCUCCAAAUCCUGAUGAUCCUGAGGAUUUUCCGGCUUUAGCAUGA